AUGCAGGUGGAGCUUGCCGACUUCCAGCGCGUCUACGACGUGAAUGUGAAGGCCAUCUUCCUCUGUGCGAAAGCCGUCUUGCCGUCCAUGCUGAAGUCCGGCUAUGGCCGCAUCGUGAACAUUGCCUCCAUAUCGGGCAAGGACGGGAAUGCCGGAAUGUUGGCAUACUCCUCUUCCAAGGCUGCCGUCAUCAACUUGACAAAAGUGAUGGGCAAAGAGUAUGCGAACUUGGGCAAGGACAUCACGAUUAACUGCAUUGCGCCAGCUGUUGUGCAAACGGCGAUGGUAGAUGCAAUGCCUCCGGAGCAAGUGAAGUACAUGACUGACAAGAUCCCGAUGGGCCGAACAGGCAAGCUUGAUGAGGUGGCUGCGACGAUUCUUUUUGCAGCCUCACAGGAAUGCUCCUUUACCACCGGCUUUUGCUUCGAUGCCAGCGGCGGCCGCACAGUGUACUGA